GCUUGAUACACCGAAGCCUAUGUAUACGCAGUCCCACUCCGCUCGCAACCGCUUCCAUUUACGCGGUGCCACUGCAUACAGGGUUUUGGGUUGCCUGCAUAUACCCCAGCAUCCCACUCCAGCGUACGAUGACUGGCUCAUAUCCGCCCGUCCCCGACCAUCAGGUGUGACCUCCGCAAUGGUGAACUAAGCCGCCUUCCAGGGCUCCACCAUAGAAAAGUGAUAAGACGAUCAGAUCCGUCCAGUAUCCCCAUCCCAGAACGCUGGCCAAGAGAUCAAACCCAUGGCUCUCGAGAAGGAAUCAAUGUCCUCGACACCUCCCACGUCACAUAACGAGCUCCUACCUCAUCACCACCAUCAACCUCACGACUACCGGCAUACCACCGUAGAUGGACAGCCGGCUUAUGCAGAACACGGUCCUCUUGUCGACCACAAGAUCCCUCAAGAGGAUGUCAUUCAAUCCGAGCCCGAUCUUCUCUGGAGCAGAGUCCGCCAUUACUGCCGCGAGCCUUUCUCCGAGUUCUUCGGUGUCUUUAUCCUGAUCCUGUUUGGCGACGGCGUCGUUGCCCAAGUCGUUUUGAGCGGUGGCACAAAGGGUGAUUAUCAAUCAAUUUCAUGGGGCUGGGGACUCGGCGUCAUGCUGGGCGUUUACACCAGCGGCAUAUCAGGAGCACACAUCAACCCUGCCGUCACGUUCGCCAACUGCGUGUUCCGGAAGUUCCCCUGGCGCAAGUUCCCCAUCUACGCGCUCGCCCAAGUCUUGGGGGCGAUGUGCGCAUCUGGUGUCGUCUAUGCCAACUACAAAUCGGCCAUCGACGUCUUCGAAGGUGGUGCGGGCAUAAGAACGGUGCCUGGGUACUCCGAGACCGCGUCAGCCGGUAUCUUCUGCACAUACCCUGCCGAGUUCAUGACCAAAACCGGACAGUUCUUCUCCGAAUUCAUCGCCAGCACGAUCCUGAUGUUCUUGAUCUAUGCUCUCAAAGACGACGGGAACCUUGGGGCGGGAAAUUUGGUACCACUGGGAUUGUUCUUCGUCAUCUUCGGCAUCGGCGCCUGCUUCGGCUGGGAGACCGGCUAUGCCAUUAACCUUGCUCGAGACUUCGGCCCACGACUCAUGUCUUACAUGCUUGGGUACGGAAUGAACGUGUGGCGCGCUGGCGACUAUUACUUCUGGGUCCCGAUGGUCGCGCCAUUCUGUGGCUGUACCUUUGGCGGCUUUCUGUACGAUGUCUUCCUGUUUACUGGCGAAUCACCGAUCAACACCGAAGCCCUGGGUCUGGCGAGACUGCUUCCUCAGCACUGGAACCGCGAGACUUGGUCGAAUACAUAUAGCUCUUCAGUUUGAGCUCGGUCACUUGUCUGUUUAGAGACAAACCCCUAAGGCAACGCCGUGGGGACCAGGGGUGAUUUGUUCCCAACACAGCAGCACAUGUACUCCAGAUGGGGGUUGUACGAUAUGUUGAAUUCUAUUUCCAGCGUUUGUGGGAACCAGGUUGCGGGAACAAAAUGGUGUACUUCGACUGCUGCCUGCCUGCUGUGGCAUUUCUGCAAGACCACAAUAGUGGAACGCAGCCUAUGCAUAUUUUGAGUCUGAUGGACCACGAGUCUGAUGGAUCACGCAACAUUGUGAAGUGUAUUGUUUCUGGCAGAGGUGAGCUUUCAAGCCUACUUGGCCCUUCGACUGAGUCAUAAGUAUAUGAGCUACUAUAAGAGGCUUGCUGAACAUUAACUGUUGUACUCCUAUGUCCAAUCUAAGCCUUUCAAACUUC